AUGGUUGGUAGGGGAAACCAUUCUAAUCCUUCUUCAGGCGUGGAUAAGCGGCAGAUUGCUCAAGCUAUGGAGCUGAUUGCUGCUGCUAUUGGACAACAAAAUACUUUGUUGGCUCAGAUAGAGACCAACCGGACUGUAGGUGAAGCAACUAGGGCUAAGGUACCUGAUGAGUAUAGGGGCUUGUCAGAGUUCAGAAAAGGGAAUCCUCCUCAAUUUAUAGGUGUGGACAGGCCUGAAGUUUCUAACCAGUGGAUUGAGGAGAUGGACAAAAUCUUCAUGGUGAUACAUUGUCCUGAGGAGAGGAAGCUAGUAUAUGUUGUUUACAUGUUGGUGGGUGAGGCUAGUUUCUGGUGGAAGGGUACUCAGGCUAUGAUGGAGGCUAGAGGGGAAGCAGUAAAUUGGGAGAAUUUCAAAAAGGUGUUCCUAGAGAAAUAUUUUCCAGAUAGUGCCAAGUAUGCUGAGGAAGCUGAGAUUUUGAGACUGCAACAAGGGAAUAUGUCAGUACAAGAGUAUGUGGUCAAGUUUGAACACUUGGCUAGGUACUAUUCUCAAGCUAUCACUGAAGCCUGGAGAUGUAGGAAGUUUAGUGAGGGUUUAAGGUAUGAGUUGAAAAAGACUAUUGUUCCUAUGAGAAUUGUGGAGUUCCCAGUUCUAGUUGAAAAGGAAAAAAUAGUUGAAAGAUUUGAAGGAGGAACUAGAGCGGCAAUGGGUUUAGAGGGAUCAUCUGGAUUUGGAAGGGGGAAACAUCCACAAAAGAGACCACCUCCGUUUCAGAAGGGGAAUGCUAAUAAGAAGCCAAUGGGGACUACCACUACAGGAGCUAUUCAGAGUUUUAAAUGUUACAGAUGUGGAGGCCCACAUAUGAUGAGGGAUUGUCCUAUAAAGGAUUAUGUAUGUUUUAAAUGUGGCAAGGUGGGUCACAUGGCUAAGGAUUGCAAUGUAAGAAAUACUCAAGCUAGAGGGAACCAGAAAGCGAAUCGGCCUACCGCAGCAAGUCGUGUCUUUGCUCUAACUGGUGCUGAAGCUGAAACGUCAUCUGAAUUGGUGAAGGGAAAGGGUAAAGCUGAUGUCGUUUCUACCCCAGCUUCAGGUUCUAUUUUGACUUCUGAGGAGAGAUUUAUUUCUAGUGGACAGGUGGAUGGUCUGUUGAAGGGUGGAGCUCUUGGGUUUAUGAUCCUAUCUUUUAUCAGUUUAGAGAAUGAAAAGUUGUUGUAUAGUAUUGAUGUUGUUAGAGAUUUCCUAGAGGUUUUUCUGGAUGAUGUUCCGGGGUUACCACCAAAGCGAGAGUUGGAGUUUAGUAUUGAUCUAAUACUAGGGGAGGGACCAUUGUCCAUUUCUCCUUAUAGAAUGGCACCCGCAGAAUUUUCUGAAUUGAAUAUGCUGGUUGAGGAACUUUUGGAGAAACAAAUGAUCAGACCUGGUGUGUCUCCAUGGGGAGCACCUCUGUUAUUGGUCAAGAAGAAGGAUGGUGGUGUGAGGUUAUGUGUGGAUUACAGGUAG